GGCUCAUGUUUAUUAACGAUCCUGAACUUACAAAACGGCAGAUGUGACCUGGCAUUGGGCUUGCAGCAAUCUUCGGGGGUUGUGGCCAUAUGUGAUUUCGAUUAUACCUCCCGACGCCUCCGGUUCUUGCCCAUCAUUGAGAUCAUAAAGCCUCUCUACUCUAAACAUUAACACGGCUCUUUCUCAUGUGGCAGCAUUCAAGGCGGGCAGUCCACCGGCUCAAGGUUCCAGCCGGACGCCGCGACGCGUCAACUGGGAACCACCAAGUCAUUUUUUCGGGCAUUCAGCCUACAGGAACGCCGCACUUGGGCAACUACGCCGGUGCGAUCCGACAAUGGGUGCAGCUCCAAGGCAAGCCAGCUGAAAGCUGCAAGCUUGUUUACUCUGUCGUCGACUUGCACGCUAUCACUGUGCCUCAGAAGGCAGGGCAGCUGAGGCAAUGGAAACGGGAAACACUGGCAGCUUUGUUGGCUGCAGGUAUCAACCCUGAACGCUCGACCUUGUUCUAUCAAUCGUCUGUCCCGGCACAUUCUGAGCUCAUGUGGAUCUUGAGCUGUACAGCCUCGAUGGGCUACUUGUCACGAAUGACACAAUGGAAGAGCAAGCUGUCGCUCUCAACUGAUGCCACCAUCCUCGAUGAAGGCGCAAAAGCCUCGCUGAAGCUAGGUCUAUUCUCAUAUCCCGUCCUGCAGGCUGCCGAUAUUCUCGUCCACCGGGCCACUCAUGUACCCGUCGGCGAUGAUCAGAGACAGCACCUGGAAUUUGCUCGCGAAUGUGUGACAAAUUUCAACCACAACUUCGGCCCUCUCCUGGUAUCUCCCGAGACCAUCACGUCCCCGACACGCCGGGUCAUGUCGUUGCAACAGCCAACCCAGAAGAUGUCGAAAUCGGCCAAGGACCCGAGGUCACGUAUCCUUAUUACCGACACGCCGGAAGAGAUCCACGCCAAGGUUAUGAGUGCAUUUACAGACUCCUCUAAUAAUGUUUCCUAUGAUCCGACUAACCGGCCGGGGGUAUCAAACCUAUUGGAGAUCCUCUCUAUUUUUGAUGCUCAGGCCAGGAACCCAACUCAGCUCGCCGAAUCUCUUUCCCAUGCGUCACUCAGAGAUCUUAAACAAGCCGUCUCCAAGGCUGUCAUUGAAGGACUUGGCGGAAUCCGUGAGCGCUACAUGGAGCUUCUUUCUGUUGACGAGGGACGUUAUCUCGAUGCUGUCGAAGCAAAGGGUGCCAGCAAGGCCCGCCUUAAUGCCAACGAAACCAUGGUCUUAGUAAGAGAAGCCACCGGGCUGUGAAGCCUUUGCUCUGUCCCAGGACUUGCUCGGUGAGGCGCCUCGUAGCCUGUCAUGCUGUAAAGCAUUUGUAAUAUAAUGUACCAUCACUUCUCAUUCCUGUGAACCACAACCUUGAACACCGUCAAUGGGAGUCAUUUAUGACUGUAGGAGGAAGGCCGACGGGUUGUUGAGGCAUUGUAGUUCUGGAACAUGUUCUUCACGAGGCAUAGGCGAAGUUUGAGCCUCGCGCAGCAAGCCAAAAGUCUCGCACCACCUGAUUGGUCCCCCUCGCUCCACGAAGACUGUCAGAGAUGGUCAGCGACAAAUUCCCAUAGUCUUUUCACACUCUUCAUAAAGAAAAUCAAACCCACUUCAUAAUCUUCUU